UGGGCACUGGUGGGUGGCACUGGUGGGCACAGGUGGGUGGCACUGGUGGGCUGGCACAGGUGGGUGGCACUACUGGGCACAGGUGGGUGCAUUGCUGGGCACAGGUGGGUGCACUGCUGGGCACAGGUGGGUGCAUUGCUGGGCACAGGUGGGGUUCAGGGCGCACUGCUGGGCACAGGUGGGCGGAACGUGUGUGUGGCACUGAUCAUCAGGGCACUGAUGAUCAUUGACCCUGAUGAUCGGUGCCGUUCCCUGCUCUGACAACUGCCGGUUUUCGGCAGUACUUUCCUCACGAUCUGACAGCGUGAGGAAAGUGCAGCCGAGAACCGGCAUUUGCAU